AGCCAUUUUGGCUCAAGCAGUUUGGGACCAAGUGGGAAUUGGCCUCUGCUAACCUUACUAUAUUGAGUAGGGAAUCGUGCGUGAAGAUAUGUCAAGGCUUGCAGGCGAGAAGCCGCGAGGUUUGGGCGCAGACGUGCGCAGAUUCAGGGCACUGCAAAACGCAUCCGUGACGAUUUCCGUGGGAUGGUUCAUCGUUCUGCUCAGCGCUAGUAAUGUGCCACCCUUUUCUUUAGCCCUGUGGCACAAGAGCAAUUCUUUAAGCCUCAUUCGAAGAUUAAGCAGUGCUACGGACGACCUGAACAACCCAGCAUUUCCAAAUGCUUCUGGCGCCGACGCGCCGUCAACUUUGCUGUUAUCAGAUGCGCUGAAGACGAAUGGAACCGCGCUGGCGGGCCGAGCCGACACAGUUGAAGCUCUGAAGCUGACUGGCCAAUUGAUGCAAGAGUGUGUCGUGUUCUUGAGCACUCUCCUUUGGUCCUCGUUCUGCCUAGUAUGGCAGAAAGGUGUACAUGUGCGUUACGGGAUCUUUGCUGGAAUCGCGCUGUUGGCAUCAACACUUAUUGUGUUCGCGUGGGCGCACUUUCGCAGUAGAUCCGGGUUCCACAGUUUGUUCCGCUACGGGGCUCUAGGGGAUGCCGACGGAAUGAGUCUCUUGUCACCUACCCAAUGGAUUGGUCUAAAUGGUUCGCGCUACGAAGUGCGUUUGGAGCAUGAUCGGAACGUUGUGUACGCCCUGGGCCCAGACGCAAAAAUAUCAGAUGACGACGAUGAUCCAGACGAGCAGCGUGAUGAGCUGGCAUACGCACAAAGAUCAGAUGACGACGAUGAUCCAGACGAGCAGCGUGAUGCGCCCGCAGAAAGCAAAUGGGUGCAGGUGGGCGAAUUAGAUCGAUCUUCAGACGGGACGUUGGCCCUUUACACGGCGGACACAGGGAUAAACGGGGACACGGGAGUCUUCACCGAGAAGUGCAUCUUAUAGCAGAAGGGUACAUGGCACCGUUGUCAAACCGAUCGUUUGGCGCCUGGUGACCACGUGUUGCUGUUAGAUGGGAACAAGUGGGUCGAUGGCGUGGUCAAGGUUGUAGACGCUAGCGGGCAGGCAGAGCCCGUACACACCGUUCUUGUGUACGGCAUCAGCAGCAUGGGUUUGCAGGACGCUAGAAUUCCUGAAGUUCGUCGCUGGGAGCUUUUGAAAGUGAAGAUUUCGCUGUUGGAUCGGAUCACGUUGCUGAAGCAGGGUGCCCUAUACAUCGCAGAUGUUUUCCUGGACUUCUACAGCAUGGCUGUUUUCAUCGAGCACAAGCAGUUCAAAUAUUUCUGUGCGAACAUACUAGCCAUUGCCAUCUCGGCGCUUGAGAGCCAGAAAAUGUUACGGCCUAUCACAAACGCAUUGCUUUCUUGCAGCGUAGUCGGCGUAUUGACGGAACUCUGCUCGCGGAGAAGAAUCUGCCAAUUCGUAGGAGCAUUGACCGGCGUGGACUUUUUUGCUCGAGUGGAGAGAGGCGUGGCGUCGUGGAUACCCAACCGAGCGAUUUCAAUACUUCAGGGGAACAGAGAGUAGUAUAGAAGGUAUGGGCUCAAUGGCAGUCCAGACAUACGCCUUUGUGUACUCCUCGGUGUACAGUGUUCAAGACCAGCUCGUAAUCGUACUCUCUCUCAUGAGCUCUGUUGUCGGAUACUCUAGCGCCUCUGGUAUUGACGUGGAUGAACUCCAUUUUGGCCAGCGUUUGGUCGUCCCUCAAGACCAGCGCGACUUCAAAGCUAGGUUUCAGAAAGCCUUGCGCAUUGUGCAGCUCACUCGGAUUCUCGAGGUCUCGUCCCGUCUUUGCGUGGCGAUGUCCUUCAGCGUGGUGUUUCGUCCUUUGGGCGUCAUUGCAUGGGGCAUCUGGAGCGCGUUGUUCACGACAGUGAUUUUUCGGUACUGUGGAGAAUCCUGGGGCAACGCAGUGUGGAAUGCACUUCAGCCUGCAUCGUGGAUGGGAGCUGCAGAGGCGUAUCUCAUGAACCAGGAGCUUGAACCAACGCAUUACCGGAACCCAGGUGACACACGUAAGAUCAUAUGGAUAUUUAAUCCGGGGCCGGCGGAUUUCGCCCACGGCAUUGAGUCAUUUGCAAUGGUUUUGGUUCUGUACCUUUUCAAGCCCGCUGCGGUGAUUGAUGCGCUUUUGCAGGGGCACCAGUCCUACGCGUUCAUUUUUGGGCUGCUAGUGACCCCAUUGAGUUGGUUGUCGCAGGCAUGCGCGCUAUGGGCAGGCACCGAUCCAGCCCUUCACCGUUUUCAACCACCCGAUGAAAUGGCACGCGAGAGAGAGCCAGUAGAUCCAGGAACCGCUGCGAGUGCAAGUGUAUGUUGUCUCUAGCUUAGAUCCGGAAAUGGUCUCCACGGCAGCACGUCGCGUUCAGCAUGCGAUAUGUGCAAGUGUUAUGUGAUAGUGUGUGACAGCUUUAUCGUCAAUGGUAGAGGUGGUAUAACAUCAACUUCAACCACCAGCGACGUGUUGAGUGCGCAAGCUCAUGCGGAGUCCAUGGCGCAGAUUUGGGCAGUUCCGGUCCGACCCCCAUUGUAGAUCCCUCCCAGCCAGCACGCCAUCGGCGUAGCCUUCAGACGUCGCAUGCGCCAACCAGCUAGCACGGCCCACCCAGUUUGGGGCAAGUGGCAGCGUCCAAGGGGGGGCCUCGCUCUUGAGGUAUACUAGCCGCGUUGUUGCGCCGCGCGUAGUUUGCGGCAGCUUCGGUGGGUACAGUCGGGCAAAAACUUUGGCUGACCGUCAAUGCGAAUGCACACUGAUACUCUAGUAAACGCAAUUCUUUUGAUAUGAUCCAAUGGCUGAUAUCCUGAAGCGUGCCGAUCCAACUUGUUUUCUCGCAGAGUGAAUGGAACUUGUGCGCGGACUGAUGAUGUCAUCGCCCCGCGUCGCACGCGUGGCGUAUAUAGGUCCGGAUUUUUUCUUCGCGCGAGUCUGAUGCUGUAGAGGCGCGGACCAAUCCGCAUGCCAUAACGAGGGCACGUGCGCCAAUGUUUGCCAGCGUGCGCCUCAACCAGUAGGUUCUGACCUUCUCGAUUUGCUCCGCAAUCGGCAUGGUCGCUUAGGGUGCUGUCGGCGGCUUGUAGAGGGCAUCGCGACCGCAUUUUGUGUGCCUUGCCCGUGCACGUUGCCUGUCUGGAUGGAUGGAGAAAGGAC